AUGGCAAACGAUGCGCAGCUCGGCGCGCUUGACCGCUCCAGCUCAAGCUCCAGCUCCAGCCUGUCGGCCGCUGGGAUCGAUCCCUUGACCGCCACCACCACCACGACGCCCUCCAAGCGGCCAGGAUCCAAGCACUCUCGUACCAGCUCCAACGUCUCGAAACGACGCAGUCCGCGCUCCAAUGCCACCCCCACAGACUUCCUCUCAGACAAGGCCACCGCCCAGCUGAUCCGCCGCGUCCUCUGCCCCCAGCAAGCCGCCGACCGGGGCAGAGCAACUCCCGCCCCGAUCCACGACCUCCUGCCCCCCCUGACGAGCCGGAACGACGUCGAUUUACAGCUCUACGCCCUUAUCGCCAUCAUACUGCGCGACUUUGUGCAGGCCUGGUACAACAAGAUCACCCCGGACGAGACCUUUGCAGCAGAGAUUGUCCACAUCAUCGCGCAUUGCACGCGAGCCCUGGAACAGAGGCUAAGAAAGAUCGAUGUCGAGAGCCUGCUACUAGAUGAGCUCCCAGACUUGUUGGACAAACACAUACAGGCAUAUCGAGCGUCUCGCAAGCCCAUUGUACAAUUCCCCGUCCAAGCCGACUCGCGCGCCAUCUACCACGCACUAUGUCCCCUGCCCCAGCUGUCGCCAAUACCCGACGCCGACGACCCCGAUACCAUCUUCAAACAGGCCGAGAACGAGGUGGCAUACCGGCAGCUACUCGUCCAGGGCGUGUUAGCGGUCCUCCUCCCCACCGAAGACCUCGAAAACGAGUGCCUGACGUCCCUGGUCGGCGAGAUCCUGUCCGAGAUGAUCAUUGGCGGCGUCGUCGCCAAAAAGGUCUCGGAGCCAUGGAUGAUCUGGACAGGCCUGACGAUCCUGUCAGACGUCCUACAGCGGAAGCAGAAGGAAGCCCGCGGAUCGCGCAUGACGAGGAGCUCCGUUGGACAGGGCGCUAAGGGCUUGUCUAUUCCAGGGCUGUUCUGGUCUCUCGUGCACUACCUCUUCGCGUUCACCACCUUCGUCCGAGUCUUCGUCAUGACGCUAGUCACGAGUCGAACCCUCCCAUCCAGAGGCCGGGUCUGGCCUCUGAGCGUGAACGAGUCGGCCCGUCAAAAUGAUGGCUCAGAGAAGACGAAGAUGGGCGGCCGUUCCUCAGCCGAAUCACCUUCAGAAGCUGCCAAAACACCAGUCUUGGCUUUCAGCAUAUGGUCCACCGUCUCGAACUGGUUGGAGAUGGACAAGCGCAUGCCCUGGCUCUGCGGCAAUUUAUCCAUGGUGCAGUGGCUGGCCAUCGCCGGGCCUGGACGCGUGGCUGGCUUCGAUGGAGUUGUUGACAGGCUCCUCUCCGACUCGAUUCGGCGGCACGUCCUCGACCCGGCACUCGUGCCUACGGCGCUUCGCAACCUGCGCGGGGCGCUGUUCCCCAACAACGCCAUGGGGUCACCAACGCUCUCCCCGCCCGAGUCGGACCACCAGCUGCUCGCGCUGCGGCGCAGGUGUGCUAGCGCGCUGUGGGCUCUCGCCCCCAAGGCCGCCGGCAGGCUGUUCUUUGGCGGCAGCGCCGCGUCGUGGUUGGCGCGAUGGCUCAACAAGGCCGCCGGUGACGACCUGUCACUGCCGCUGCCGCUGCCGCGGUCCGUUCCGGCCCCCAACACCGACGUUGACACCAACACCAACACCAACAUCAACAGCAACAGCGAGCCCGUUGACGCCCGUGACCACCCUGCCGCCUCAUCUCACCAACGGGCACAUGUCAACGGCGGCGGCACAAGGGUGACCCACCAGCAGCAGCAGGCCCCGGACGCGCGCAUCAUUUCCGAAAUCGAGACUGGAAUCCUGGACGUCUUCAGCGAUCCCUACUGCAACAAGCACCUCAUGUACGGCGCCCUGGAACUGGUCCUUGUCAGGCUGGUGCCGGAACUGACCGAGAAGGGUGUCGUUGAGCUGUGGGAGGAGAGGUUGAGUUGA